GUCGACGCUUCGACCACACCUACCGUUACACUAUUUUCGGCAGUCUUCCAAACCCCACCAUGAGGGACGCCAACGUUUUUGCAUUUCGCAAGGCCAUGCCUCGAAUGAGCUGGUCUCCGCGUAACCUCUACAACCUCUGGAGGCGGUCCUGUGGUGCCGAGGCCGAGGCCAUUGACUUCACUCGCUCGCCUAAGACGCUGUUUCAGCAGCGUUGGAUCUCGAAAGCACUCGUACGUGCAUACCACGGUGACUUCAUCAACGAGAAAAUAUUUAAGCGAUGGUAUCUCCCCGACACUCUUCCCGACGUGCGACCUCGUCAGCACGCGCCCUCUAGUAAUGGCGAUCUCGACGCAUUCGCCGGGCGUACUGAACAUCUGGAGAGAAGAAAGAAGAAAGCAUCUGACGAGCAAAGGAAAGGCUUGGCUCCUGUGGGCAGCUUAAUGCUUGCUGAGGUGGAGCGACGCAUCGACGUGUUCAUCUUUCGGUGCUGCUUCGCCCAUAGUGUCUAUGAGGCACGGAGACUCGUCGUUCAUGGAUCCGUCCUGCUAAAUGGCAAAAAGCAUACGAAUGCCAACGCACGUCUGGCCCCAGGCGACAUGGUCUCCGUUGACCCUGCAGCCAUUCGUUUCCUCCAGGAGCCUGAAUCUACGCAGUCCUCGUUGACGCCUUUUCAACCUUCCUCCAUAUGCGUCUCCUUCCCCACAUGCAGUGCCAUAUAUGUUCGCCACCCAACGGCACGCCCAGGAUACAGUGAAAUUCCAACACCUUACGACGCCGACGGUGAAGUCAUCCGACUUGCAUGGGAAUGGUACGCAAAGAUGCGUCCAAGGACGAGGAGUAAGAAACAAAUGGCGAGGGAACCAGAGAACAGAUCAAAAACGCAGCUCCACCCGCACCGCCCACUUUAGGUAGCAGCACACCUCACACCUUUAAAAUCAUCACAGAACAAGAUUAGCUCAAUUAUUCUACCAUAUAAUGCACAAACUAUUGGCGGUCCCGACAGUAUGCAUUAUGAGCCUGUCUACUGUACUUCAAGUGCUAGCUACUCUGAGUCGUCAAUAACGAUCGAGCUCGAUGGACCGCUUCUCAUGCCUGAUGACUCUCCUGGGACAUUCCUACUAGUACUUUCUUCAUCCUCGGGCAGGCGGGGCAUUAGCUCGUAGAAUAAAGCAUCACUCUCCAUGUUUUUCACACCCUGGAACCAAAACUCAUCCCAUCCAACCUCAACAGACCAAUUGAACAUGUUGUGGAUGCGAAACAUCCUCUUCUGACUGAAGAAACAAC